AUGGCAGUCGAGUGGUUCUAUCAAUACCAGAGUCUAUAUCUCCGUCUGGUAGCUGAGCAGAAAAUCACCGAAACUCAUAUUGCUACAGCGGAUCAGCUUCCGCCAAUGGAUCAUCUGUCUAUGGAGCAGCCUCUGGAAAAUUCGUCAGACUUAGCCGGCAAAUCGAGCCCUCCUUCGAGUUACUUCUGUCCAAAAUGCGGCAACAAUUACUCGCGACUUCACUCAUUAAACCGGCACAUUAAAUUCGAGUGCGGGGUCGAGCCGCAGUUCGAGUGUCCCCUGUGCCAUAAAAAAUCUAAACACAAGCACAAUCUUUUGCUCCACAUGCGCACGCACCAAAAGCACUAA